GUGCAUUUAUGAAAGGUAUUAGAUACUUUAUAGGGAAAAUGAGUCCCCCCAAAAGUGAGUUGUUUCUGCUAAAAAUUAUCCAACUUUCUUGUCCUUCAUUUUCUUGUUUUUCAUGCUUGAAAAGAUCCACCUCCUACAGAGUUUGUGAGACCAACGCUCUUGUUCUCACCUUCAGGAAAUCUGGCAGAUCCACCCACACACCUUCUCUAGUUUCCUUUGCUUCUGGACACAGCAACACAUCAUUGCUCUCCCAACUUCUGUUCCUUGUAGCAGAGUUGACAAAUGACAACACUGGAAGUUGAACUUUGAUAGCUUUUGGUCCUCCCUUAGGUUUCACUUGCUACUCUGACUCCCAGUCUUGCAAAUGUUGCCUGUAGGAGGGUUCCUGCCGCUCACCUUGAGCCCUUAGCCAUCCACCCUGCCAUUCCAGAGCAGUGUUUCCAUUACUGCUCCAGCAUCUUGGUCUGGAGAUGACAGGGCAAAGCCCUGUGCUUGAAGAGACCACCCUCUGGUGAGAGAGUUCUGUCUCAUGAGAUUAUCUGGAAUAGAUUAAGGAAUCCUACCAUAAUGAGCUAAGACUGCACCAAAAUAUGUUUUUGUUUUGUUUUUGGUUUUGUUUGUUUUGUUUUCUGUUUUUGUUUUUUUUAAUGCAGAUUCCUGGAUUCUACCCAGACUGAUAAGAAUUUCUACUGGGCAGACCUAAGGAAUCUGCAUUUUAUUUUAUCUUUGCAAUAAUGAGGAUUAAACCCAGGGCCUUAUACAUGCAAGGCAAGCACUGAGCUACAUCCCCAGCCCAGGAAUCUGCAGUUUAAAUGUGAUUCUUUACACCUUCAUUGCUACAAAAGGUUAGAACUGAAAGCUGUUCCAGCUUCCUCACCAAAAUAUGGUUGAGUGAGGUAUAAAAAGUGGGUUCCCUGGUUUGGGAGAUUACAAUUUCUAGGGGUCUGUGCUAGGUUGGAUAAGAAAAAGGUCAGAGACCUUCAGACCUUCUCUGACAUGACACAAGUCUAACCUUUUCCCAAACAAACCAGACCCAGAGGUCAACCUCCACAGCUGCCCUCUUCAGCCAUCCCAGCCCCUGAUGAACAGAUUCCUGACACCAAAGCACAUCUAUAGGUUGUUCUGAACCACAGACUAUCCAGAGUUCAAAGAAACUGGGCUCCUGUCACCCCAAGAUGGUAAGAGUUCCUGGGAUCCUACCAGGUGCCCCCUAGUUGGAGGCUAAAAUGAAUAAGGAGCCUAUUCAGUCGACCACAAUGAUUUUUCUCCCCAUGGAAAAAAUAUAGGGGUAAGGGAGGGAUACAUGGGAACUCUGUACUUUCACUCAACUUUGCUAUGAUCCUAAAACCACUCUAAAAAUGUGUUUUUUUGUUGUUGUUGUUUUGUUUUUUAAUACAAACGGAAUGCUGUCUUCUGGAGAUAGGAAAGCAGGAACAUGAUCGAAAACCAGAUAUUCUGAAUGGAACAUAACAACAUGUAAAACCGCAGGUGGGUGAGCCCAGAAACCAGGCAGGGCCUUUAAUGCAUCACCCACACCUAUCACAGGCACCCACUUUCCUGCAUUUUAUCAUUUUGUCCUCAAUAUGAUCAUGGUAUCAGCAACUCUUGUUUCAUAGGCCUGCAGCUCUGAGCCACCAGCUGGUGACAGAGCGGUACAGCCAGAAGUCACACCUCUCCUCCCUCUGCCCUGCUGCCUCUCACUUCAUUUGUGCUUUAUCUCAUAGGGAGGGAGCCACUGACACUCUCAAAGGGAGGAAAAUACUGGCCUGACCUAAAAUAGCUUCCAUUUAUCAAGCACUUAGUCAACUACAUUCUGCUAAACACUUUACAGAGAUUAGCUCAUUUAAUCCACACGACGACCCUGUAGUUAUUACUAUAGCCACUUUACAGAUGAGGAAAUAGACUUAAGAGACACUGUCAGGGCUGGGGGUGCAAAUCAGUGGUAGAGCCCUUCCCUAGCAUAUGCUAAACCCUAGGUUCCACCCCUAGCACCUGGUGUGUGGCAAGUCACACAGCUAGCUAGUGACGGAGCCCAGCUAGACUCUGGGUCUUUGGGUAGCGGUCUGUAGCUUCUGCAGUGUGCAGGCUCCACCAGGGCACUGCCCUGCUCUGGGGGCAGGGCUAGGGCAAAGAGAGGGAGCAAGUAGAGAGGAUGGGGAGGGCCCUGUGAAGGGCGAGUUAUGAGACUACAGGACUCAAUGUGGGAGCAGCUAAAGGUGUGCCUGUGGGUCAGCUGGUCUUGGGGCCUGAAGCCCUGUUGGAUAAGCUGGAGGUCAGAAGCUGAGAUGUCAUCCAAUCCUCCCAACCGAAGCCAGAGGUCCCUUUUGGAUGGUCUGUGCUCAAGCUCCCCCGCUCCCUCCCUAGAGCUAUGUGGGUGUCAUCUCUCUCCCAAGAUAACAGGGCCACCUCUUGUGGCUAUUCUGGGCUGCUCUCUGAUCCUUCUCUCUUCCCCUAGCCCCAGCUUCACCCUCUGCUGUGAGUAGGUGGGUAGGGAAAGGCCAGCCCACUUACAUAAGCCUAUGACUGGUACCCAGGAGGACAGUCCAGGGAGCAGAGGCACAGCCCCUCCCUCACCACCAACAGUGAAAAUCUUCCGCUGGAGCCCAGCCUGGGGUGGCCCAGCAUGGAGGCAGCCACAACUCUGGAGGUGGCUUCAGGCUCCAAGCUGCAGGUGGAAAAAGCCAGCCCUGCAGAUACUGAACAGCCUGAGGCUUCCCUGAAACAGUGGGUGGGCAGUCCCACUCCCCAGCUCCUGCCCACUGUGGAAGUGCACCCCAAGAUCUGGCUACCUCGGGCCCUGAGGCAGACGUACAUCCGGAAGGUUGGGGACACAGUGAACCUACUAAUUCCAUUCCAGGGCAAGCCCAAACCUCGAGCCACUUGGACACACAAUGGUUGUGCCUUGGACACCCGUCGUGUGAGUGUGCGGAAUGGUGAGCAAGACUCCAUCCUCUUCAUCAGAGAAGCCCAACGUGCUGAUUCGGGCCACUACCAACUCUGUGUGCAGCUGGGUGGGCUGGAGGCCACUGCCACCAUUGAUAUCCUGGUGAUUGAGAGGCCAGGCCCUCCUCAGAGUAUUAAGUUGGUGGACGUCUGGGGCUCCAACGCUACCCUGGAAUGGACACCUCCCCAAGAUACGGGCAACACGACACUUCUGGGAUACACAGUGCAGAAGGCUGACACAAAAUCUGGGCUGUGGUUCACAGUGCUGGAGCAAUAUCACCGCAACAGCUGCAUUGUCUCCGACCUCAUCGUGGGCAACUCCUAUGCCUUUCGUGUCUUUGCUGAAAACCAGUGUGGACUCAGUGAAACAGCCCCCGUCACUGCUGACCUUGCCCACAUCCAGAAAGCAGCUACUGUUUACAAGACCAAGGGGUUUGCCCAGCGGGACUUCUCUGAAGCCCCAAGGUUUACCCAGCCUCUGGCAGACUGCACUACAAUCACUGGCUAUGAUGCCCAGCUCUUCUGCUGUGUCCGCGCGUCUCCCAGGCCCAAGAUCAUUUGGCUGAAGAACAAGAUGGAUAUCCAAGGCAACCCCAAAUACAGAGCCCUCAGUCACCUGGGGAUCUGCUCCCUAGAAAUCCGCAAGCCUGGUCCCUUUGACGGAGGCAUUUAUACCUGCAAGGCAGUGAACGCCCUCGGGGAGGCAUCUGUGGACUGUCGGGUGGAUGUGAAAACUCCUAACUGAAGCUACCUAAAAGGACAUUGUACAUGAGAAAGCCAGAGCCCAGGGAUGAAGCAAGGUAGGUAGUGAGUUCAUCGGACAGGUCCCUGGGACCAUGAAGAGAGGUGGCCUCAGCUUCCCAGGUGUGCGCUGGCUGUUUGCUGUGAUGGCCACAACGUGCCCUUUCUUUUCAGAGCCUCCAGGAAGCCUGACUGUGACAAGAUUGUAUUCUAAAGGAGCUUUAGCACAAGGUCUGAUUUGGAAUAAUCUAAAUAAAUGUAUGGCUCUUCCAUGCA